UAACCUCUCCCAGAUUGUGAAACCAAAAUAACUUUUGUUUUACCCGUUAUUUCAAUAAACAUUCAAAAUGCCGUUCAUGAAAGGAAGAGCGCCAAUAAGACGCACAUUGAAUUACUUAAAUGCCGGGAAGCUAGUCCUGAAAGACAAAAUUAAGAUAUUUUCAGUAGCCUACAACAUAACAGGCCAAAAUAAUGUAGGAACAAAAGAGUUCUGCUUUUGGUAUCUACCGCAAAUACAGUACAAAAAUCCAGACGUACAAAUAGUAACUUUAAAAAAUUUAACGCCCUCCCCUUUCAUAAAAUGCUAUCUUGACGAUGGAAGAAAAAUUUUAAUUGACGUAGACAAUAAAUCGAAAGAAGAUAUCUUAGAACAUUUACUACAUACUGUAGGGAAAUCAAAAGAAACAUUAGAUUUGGAAUUAUUAAAGGCUGAGAAAAAGGAUAACCCUGCAAAUUUUGGUGUUGGAUGUGAUAGAUCGUGCAUGUGUGAAGUUUUCGGGCAGGUGCCCUGCUCUGGUGUUGUGCCAUUACCGAAAUUCAUGAGAGGAAAAUAUAAGAAUCAAACUGAUUAAAUAAAAUUAAUAGGCCAUUCAAUAACA